CGCCGGGCGCCGCCAGGGGUCGCGGCGGAGCGGGACCGGAUGUUGUUGGCGGCGGGCCGGUCAUUUCCGGCGGCGGCGAUGAGCGGGUUCCACACGUGCGCCCGGUGGACGCCCCGCGGGGCGGCUCAGGAGACCCCGCACAAGGUCACCCUGACUAAACAGGAGCUGCAACAGUUAAUCCUCAAUGCCAAGGAAGAGUUGAAGGACCGGGAGCAGGAAAAUGAAGAGGCUGCAGAGGGGACACAGGAGCUGGGGGAAGGAUCAGGCCUUCCUGCCUCUGAUGCUGACACUCCAGAAGGUAGAGAGGAGAAGAAGGAGCAGGAGGAGGGGGAUCGGGACAGUCUGGCAGAGUAUGACCUGGAUGAGUACGACGAGGAGGAAGGUGGUGUGAACUUUGGCGAUAGUCUGGGCGGGCUCACUGUCUAUGCCAGCAACGAAGACGACCCCUACGUCACUCUUAAAGAUACAGACCAGUACGAAGAUGAAGAUUUUAAAAUCAAACCGAGCGACAAUCUGAUAGUGACGGGGAAGGUGGAGAAGGAUUGCAGCAUCCUCGAGAUAUUCGUGUACAACCAGGAUGAGCAGAGCCUGUACGUGCACCAUGACCUGCUGCUUCCAGCCUACCCCCUGUGUGUGGAAUGGCUCAACUUUGAUCCAGACCCAGGAAGGCCAGUGGGCAAUCAUGCUGCGGUGGGCAACAUGACUCCUGUGAUCGAUGUGUGGAACCUGGAUGUGGUCGACAGUCUGGAGCCCGUCUUCAGCCUGGGCAGUGAGACGUCCAAGAAGAAAAAGCGGAAGGGGACAGAGUCGGGGCAUGAAGGACAUUCUGAUGCGGUGCUGGACCUUUCCUGGAACAGAAACAUCAGGACUGUUCUAGCCAGCGCGUCUGCCGAUGACACUGUGAUUCUCUGGGAUAUGUCUGAAAGGAAAGCCGUGACCUGCCUCACUGGCCACACAGACAAGGUGCAGACUCUCCACUGGCAUCCGUUUGAAGCACAGACACUUCUCUCUGGCUCGUUCGACAAGUCUGUGGUUCUGUACGACUGUCGCGAUCCGAAGGAGAGCCGUCGCAGCUGGAAGUUCAGCGGAGAAGUCGAGCGAGUGGUUUGGAAUCACUUCUCGCCCAAUAACUUCUUGGCCAGCACGGAUGAUGGCUUUGUCUACUGUCUGGAUGCUCGAACAGAGAAACCACUUUUCACACUCAAAGCUCACAAUGGUGAAGUAACAGGUCUGGAGCUCAGCAGCCAAAUCAAAGGCUGCUUGGUGACGUCGUCUUCUGAUAAACAUGUGAAGAUCUGGGAUAUUUUGGGGAAUAAGCCAAGUUUGAUACAUUCCAGAGAUAUGAAAAUGGGCGUUGUGUUCUGUGCAGCUUGUUGUCCAGACGCGCCGUUCACAUACACUUUCGGAGGACAGAAAGGAGGUCUUCGCACCUGGGAUGUCAGCAGUAUCUCAGCAGUGAACGCUGCCUUUGGGUCUCGUGAGCGAUUACAGAUGACUGCACCUUGGAGUUCACCCGCUGCUAUGGCUGCGUCAUGCAAUGUCACAGACUUUGCCAUGGAGUCCUAGCCUCCGUAACAAACCAUCGUCUCGCAUCAGCCUUUCAACUGCUCCUAGGUGGAGAUGGUAUUGGACA